AUGAAGGCUUGGAGCUGGCAGGACUCGCUUCGCCAAGCGGCCACCAUCCGCACGCUGCCGCACGCGUGGAAGGACCACCUCCCUCCGCAACAGCAGCAGCUCGACGCGCAACUACCGCCGGCAUCAGCAGCCUCUUUUGAAAAGCUCCUGAAUGCUUGCAACAGCAGCCCUGCGUUCUCGUCUCGUCUUGCUCCCCUCGACGAUGUCGCAUGCGCGUCGCUGCCCGCGCUCGAACCACUGCCACGAGGCGCGGAAUUGGUGUCGGUAAGGGCAAGUUCCGACCAAUUCUCCCCAGCUUCCUCGCUCCGCCUGUCAGCGGCGCACUUCCAGCCUCCAGUGCCCUCCCCCGCGGGCGACGCACCUGGGGCUGAAUCCAUGAAAACGGACGAGGCGCAGGAGGGGCAGAGGUGCGAGUGGGAGGGGGGAUGUUGCGAGGCGGACGAGGUGAUGUCGCCGCGGAGCAGCACAGGCAGCUGCUGCGACCCCGACGACCUCGACUCGCUGCUGGAAGCACCGCACGCCUUCGGUCAGCUCGCGUGGGAAUCUGAAAUUCAUUCCCAAUCGUCUCAUUCUCGCAGCAGCUCCUGCGAUCUCGCUCUGCCACCCGAUUAUUCGCCGUCCGCCACUUGCGACUCGCGCCUCCCCUUGGAACUGCUCGAAUCAGCUAGCUCGAGCUUCACGGCGAACCCUCAUUUCCAACUGAGCUCCCAAUGCGUGAUUGACGGCGAGAGGAUUCCCGAGAUGGUGUUGUGGUUACUCCAACAAGGCUCGGGUCAUGAAGACGACAUGAUGGCGCAACUGCAGCAGGUCGCGGCGGUGCUGGCGGUAUUAGAGGCUCGGGAGGGCGUGGUGCACGGCGAAAGGGCCCUGCCUCAGAAUUCAGAGUCGAUGGUCUCAGCUGGCCUCACAGAUCUCCAAAAGAAGGAGCUCACGGAUGCGUUUAGGAGAAUCGACAAGGACGGCGAUGGCGUUAUCACGGCGGACGAGCUCGCCUCCGCGCUGAACCUCAUCGGCGUCUCGGCGUCGGAAGAUGUAGUAUCGUCUAUGAUGCGAGAAGGGGAUUUCGACGGUAACGGUAGCGUCAACUUGGAGGAGUUUCUAGCGCUGAACGCCAUGGCGGAACGCCUAGGGGGCGACGUGUCGCGGUCGGUGCUGAAGGACGUGUUUCAGGUGUUCGACGUGGACCACAACGGCAUGAUCUCCGCCGACGAGCUCUUCCGCGUCAUGGCGAAUGUCGAGGGCGGCGGCGUGACGCUAGACGAGUGCAAGCGGAUGAUCAGCAGCGUCGACAUGGACGGCGAUGGGUUCGUCGACUUCCCCGAGUUCGAGCGGAUGAUGCAGGCGCAGAACGUCGUCAGGCACGUCGCCUGCUGA